GCGUCCUGCGGCCGCUUCCGCCGGUGACGUUGUGGCCGUUACGUCCGUUACGGCGCUGGAGCCGGCGUUGGGUGUGAGGAGCGGACCGUAGCAGCGGGGAGGGAGGCGCCCCGCGAGCUAGCUCUGGCCUGUCCCCUUGGGAGCCGGUGUGAAGGUGAAGGUAGGUGUAAAUGGAAUCUCAGUACCUGAAGAGAUGUCUCGGAAGUUGCUUAGUAAAGGGACUAGCAGAGGUUGUAGAACGUCGGCCAGCAGACCCAAUAGAGUACCUGGCACACUGGAUUCAUAAUUACAGGAGAAUCUUGGAUGAAGAACAAAAGAGAAUUUUGGAGAGGACCGAGUUGGAACAAGAACGGGAAGCUGCCUUGGUAGAACUCAAAAUUUUAGAAAAAAUGAAGGAAGAAGAACUUAUAAUCCAGCAGAAACUCGAAGAAGAACGUCAGGUUAAUAAUAAGUAUAACAGAUCUCACAGCAGAAAUGGAACAAGAAAGGUCCCAGCCUAUCUGAAAGCAGUAAAUAUAUUUUCUACACAUUACCUGCUGAUCCUGAAGAGUAAUGACUUAUUGUCAGUUAUGUAUUUUAUACAGAGAGUUGAUUUAUGUAACCUGCUGUUUCUAUUUGCUGUGCUUUGUGGGCAUUUAUAUAAAGUCUGUUAAUUCUGGCAGGCAGUGCUUCCUUGUUGUUCUUAAAUCAUAAUAGCUAGCAUGACUGAUUUAGAGGAAAACUGUAACUAAUAAGAAAGCAGUAAAUGUAUUUUCUACUUUUGAUUCCUGAAAUUUUGAACUGAAUAUAAGUAAGUAAUCUAUCAAGGUUAUGUUGGGAUAGAGGUGAAAAUAUGGUAAUUUGAGUCAAAAGAAUAAAAAAAUAUUGAAACAUGAUUUUUCCAAGGAUUUGAAUGGUUUCUGAUUUGGAAAUGGAAUGUUUUCAAGUUCUACACAGCUAGCUCAACCCAAAAAGUAAUUGCAAGAUUUAUGCUAUCUAGAAGAGGUAAAUUGAGCUCUCUGUGGCUUAUAGACAGACAUACUAAAAGAUCUUGUCUAACUUAAAAAUCGUGAGGUAUGUUUUGUAAUAAUAGGGGUUUACUCUAGGCUUUAUAGCCUUUUAUGUUCAUUAUAUGAUACAGGUUAUGCAAAUACUGUACAAGAAUUAUCUACAUACCAUUUUUGGUUAGUAAAAUCUUAAAAUAAUCUUUUGUGCGUUUCUUUUGA